AUGCAGGUCUGUGCUCCUUACACACAAGGCUGUACUUACAUGCAGGUCUGUGCUCCUUACACGCAGGUCUGUGUCCCUUACACGCAGGUCUGUGCUCCUUACACGCAGGUCUGUGUCCCUUACACGCAGGUCUGUGCUCCUUACACGCAGGUCUGUGCCCCUUACACGCAGGUCUGUGCCCCUUACACGCAGGGCUGUGCCCCUUACACGCAGGUCUGUGCUCCUUACACGCAGGUCUGUGUCCCUUACACGCAGGUCUGUGCUCCUUACACGCAGGUCUGUGCCCCUUACACGCAGGUCUGUGCUCCUUACACGCAGGUCUGUGCCCCUUACACGCAGGUCUGUGCUCUUUACACGCAGGGCUGUGCCCCUUACACGCAGGUCUGUGCCCCUUACACGCAGGUCUGUGCUCCUUACACGCAGGUCUGUCCCCCUUACACGCAGGUCUGUGCUCCUUACACACAAGGCUGUACUUACACGCAGGGCUGUGCUCCUUACACGCAAGGCUGUGCUCCUUACACGCAGGGCUGUGCACCCUUACACGCAGGUCUGUGCCCCUUACACGCAGGGCUGUGCCCCUUACACGCAGGUCUGUGCUCCUUACACGCUGGUCUGUGCCCCUUACAUGCUGGUCUGUGCUCCUUACACGCAGGGCUGUGCUCCUUACACGCAGGUCUGUGCUCCGUACACGCAGGUCUGUGCCCCUUACACGCAGGUCUGUGCACCCUUUUAGUGCAUCUGGGAGGGAUAGGUCGCACUGCAGGCCGCCUAUCAAAGUCUAUAGCAAGCUGCAGCUGA